AACGUUCCCGCCUACUGUCCGGUCCCGGUCCGGCCCGGCGCGGGGCGCUGUGGGACUUGUAGUUCGCGUCGCUCUCCGCAGCCGCUCCGGAGCAGCCAGGAGAACUACAGGGCCCAGGAGGCAGCGCACAGGCCCGGGGCGGCCCCGACGGUGGGUUUCCCUCCGCAAGCGCGCGAUGCAGCGGGCGGCGGCGCUGGUCCGGCGGGGCUGUGGUCCCCGGACCCCCAGCUCCUGGGGCCGCAGCCAGAGCAGCGCGGCCGCCGAGGCCUCGGCGGUGCUCAAGGUGCGGCCCGAGCGCAGCCGGCGCGAGCGCAUCCUCACGCUGGAGUCCAUGAACCCGCAGGUGAAGGCGGUGGAGUACGCCGUGCGGGGACCCAUCGUGCUCAAGGCCGGCGAGAUCGAGCUCGAGCUGCAGCGGGGUAUCAAAAAGCCAUUCACAGAGGUCAUCCGAGCCAACAUCGGGGACGCCCAGGCUAUGGGGCAGCAGCCAAUCACCUUCCUCCGGCAGGUGAUGGCACUAUGCACCUACCCAAACCUGCUGGACAGCCCCAGCUUCCCAGAAGAUGCUAAGAAACGUGCCCGGCGGAUCCUGCAGGCUUGUGGCGGGAACAGCCUGGGGUCCUACAGUGCUAGCCAGGGUGUCAACUGCAUCCGUGAAGACGUGGCUGCCUACAUCACCAGGAGGGAUGGCGGUGUGCCUGCGGACCCCGACAACAUCUACCUGACCACGGGAGCUAGUGACGGCAUUUCUACAAUCCUGAAGAUCCUCGUCUCCGGGGGCGGCAAGUCACGGACAGGUGUGAUGAUCCCCAUCCCACAGUAUCCCCUCUAUUCAGCUGUCAUCUCUGAGCUCGACGCCAUCCAGGUGAAUUACUACCUGGACGAGGAGAACUGCUGGGCGCUGAAUGUGAAUGAGCUCCGGCGGGCGGUGCAGGAGGCCAAAGACCACUGUGACCCUAAGGUGCUCUGCAUAAUCAACCCUGGGAACCCCACAGGCCAGGUACAAAGCAGAAAGUGCAUAGAAGAUGUGAUCCACUUUGCCUGGGAAGAGAAGCUCUUUCUCCUGGCUGAUGAGGUGUACCAGGACAACGUGUACUCUCCAGAUUGCAGAUUCCACUCCUUCAAGAAGGUGCUGUACGAGAUGGGGCCCGAGUACUCCAGCAACGUGGAGCUUGCCUCCUUCCACUCCACCUCCAAGGGCUACAUGGGCGAGUGUGGUUACAGAGGAGGCUACAUGGAGGUGAUCAACCUGCACCCUGAGAUCAAGGGCCAGCUGGUGAAGCUGCUGUCGGUGCGCCUGUGCCCCCCAGUGUCUGGGCAGGCCGCCAUGGACAUUGUCGUGAACCCCCCGGUGGCAGGAGAGGAGUCCUUUGAGCAAUUCAGCCGAGAGAAGGAGUCAGUCCUGGGUAAUCUGGCCAAAAAAGCAAAGCUGACGGAAGACCUGUUUAACCAAGUCCCAGGAAUUCACUGCAACCCCUUGCAGGGGGCCAUGUACGCCUUCCCUCGGAUCUUCAUUCCUGCCAAAGCUGUGGAGGCUGCUCAGGCCCAUCAAAUGGCUCCAGACAUGUUCUACUGCAUGAAGCUCCUGGAGGAGACUGGCAUCUGUGUCGUGCCCGGCAGUGGCUUUGGGCAGAGGGAAGGCACUUACCACUUCAGGAUGACUAUCCUCCCUCCAGUGGAGAAGCUGAAAACGGUGCUGCAGAAGGUGAAAGACUUCCACAUCAACUUCCUGGAGAAGUACGCAUGAGGACGCCUGAGCCCCAGCGGGAGACCUGUCCUUGGCUCUUCCUCCCAAUGCCCGCCAGGCUGAACUCGCCUCCCCCGUGACUCUGCCUCGGGCCUCGCAGAGGCCGCUGGUCACUUCGUCAUCAUUUUGCCCCCGGAGACGUCUUUCUUUGUGCCUUGAUGUUGAGAGCGCCUCUCUUUUGAGCAAACAAGCAUUCUAUAUGCAACCAGAGUAGAGGGGACCUGCUCAGCAGGUGUGACCAGGGUUCUCUGAAUCUGUUAUUGUUUUUGCUUCUGGAAAGUUCAUUUGGGGUUUACAACAACUAGGAUGUGUUGGGUGAGAUGUUUCAGAUCUGGAGAAAUGAGCAGGUGUCGGGAAAUGUGUGACUUAACCGUGGUGAGGGCUGGAAAUCCAAACUCACCACCAUGAUCUGUGAAAUAAAGCCCUUAGCGGUGUGAAGCAUCCGGUCCUUUGAACAGAAGGGCCUGGAAGGCCCCUGGGGCUGAGAAAGGGUCCGCCCGGUGGCCUGGAGGCAGGCGCGGGGAGCGCAGUAGCACGUGGACUGGGCAGGAUGUUGCACUAGCUUGGGGUAGAUGCUGGGGGCUGCGGCCACGGUCAGAGGGCCCCACGGUGAGGCGUGGGUGUGAGCCAGGCUGCAGGAGGAACUGGGCCUCCGCUUCCCAGCAACGCAGCCAGGCCUGAGAAUUCUGUGCGCCCGGCGGGCUUUGGGAAUGAGGGGUUCCCUUGAACAUGCGUAGGCUGGAACCCCGUCUGAGAGGUCUCCCUGAAUUUCAGUGACACAUGGUGUGGCCCGGCAGUGUCCCACUUUCGUGGAGAGAGCCGCUGGAAUGGUGUGGACCCAUCCCGCGGGUGACCGGUGCCUGUUCUCUCCGGGGCCUGACCGAGCCUGUGAGCACACCGCCCCCUGCUGGCGACAGCGGGGAAACGAGGGCUGAAAAUAUCCUCCCCACAAGGGCAAUCCCCGGGACCUGCCGAGCAGCCAAGGCCCUGUCCUUUCUUGAAUGGUGGCGAGCCUGAAUCUGGUCGGUUUCCUAGCUUUUAGGUGGUAAAAGUGCCUGGCAGCUUGGCUGCUGUGGAGGAGUCAGUGAGUCGUGGUUGGAGGUUCAUUGCCGUGCUUUCAUGCAGAGUGUUUUGCCUUCAUGUUAGCUUCCGGCUCCCCUCCCAGGCUGCAGACUCUGACCUGUGGCAUCAGGCUUCUCCCAGGACAGGAGGGUGCCAUCCCCCAGCAUGCGGCUUCUCUGCCAUUAGCAGCCCUGGGUGGGCCGACCACACUCGAGGCUGCGGUGCUACGGGCUUAGCCCUCGCCUCCCUCACUGGGAGCUUCCCCAUCCUCCCUGCCUUUCCCAGUGGGAAGUUAGGGAAGCUCAGGAGCCUGGGACCCCGCAUGUCCCAAAAUGGGAUUGGAGAAGCUGGAGAGAAAGCAGAAGAGGCCGAGGAGUGAGGCAGCAGCCUCUAUGCUGUGAUUUCCACACCGGGUCCGUGCAGAGGAAACAGAAACUCCCAACUGUCCUUACCCACCGACAUCACAGCCCCUAUGAAGAAAGUAGCCACAAUCUCAAAUAACAAAAGGGAAUGUUCUAAAACUUUUCCUUCCUUAAAAAAUGGAGAAAAUUGCACUUGUGCUUGCUGUGUGGUAUAUAAACCAGGAUUAGUCCCAGAGUCGUGAGGUUUCUGGUGAAAAGGUUAAAUCGUAGAAGCUAGUAUAUUUUUUAUAUUUUUGUAACAAUUGCUUUUUUCAUGGGGGAGGCGGGGUUAGUAUUUAUAGUCCUAACAAGUCCAGUAAUUUUUUAUAAAUCUUCAGAUUAUAAACAGCCCCUAAAAACUUUACAACGUUUACACAGUUUUUUAAGAAGAGACUGUAUACACUUGAUUUCUUUCAAAAUAAGGUCAGCUAGUCUAGGAGGUUAACGUCGGGUAGGAAUGCUGAUCAUGAUAGGUUUGGUUUUCUACAGAUUCUGUUCCGGUGCCUUUCCUGUCCAGGCACCACCUGAGAAAGUUGUCAUUUGAGGUCGCACUUGGAAGUUACAUCUGUGAAGUUUCUGUCAUUCGUCCAGAUCUGUGUGUGUAGCAUGUGCUGAGGAAGCACGUGCUGGGCUGUGCCUCAGACAGUGCAUCACCGCGCACCCAGAGGCUUGCCUGGCUAUUCCUGUUCUGGUGUGUGUGGAGUGUUGGGGAAGAACAGAUGCAGAUCAACCUGUGGCUGUUUUCCCGUCUAGGUUCUCACAGGUAUCUCCUGACAGAGGUACUUAACAAUGGCUCUGCUGGAAAUUUCUAUAAAUAAAAUGUCCAAAAUGGUGA